CUGCCCCUAUGAUCUACAGCACUGGCAAAAGCAGACACUUCUCUCCUGCACCUCUAACUCCUGCAGGAUUCAUGUAACCGGGAGUUAGAGAUUUUUUAAUCGAAAAAAAGGAACUACACCUCUCUGCGGUUGCUUUACCCAGCAAGGUUUUGGGAAUGUAUGCAGGGUAUCUCGGAACCGUGAUUUAAAUGCGCAAUGCAAUUCUCAUUUUGAGAACAAGUGCUCUUCGGAUCUGCAACGUCUUGCCAGGAUCGCCCCGUUCUCAUAAUUGGUUGUCACUAAAUUACCCUGAUGUCUAAGAUUACAGUUUUGUGUUUUUUCUGGUGUGUGGUGCUGAGUGCGGGUUCUCCACUGUCUAAUAAUGGGGAGCAGGACACUACGGCCAAAUCGGGUAAAACUGGUGGAGUUUGGGAGGAAUUCAAAGAAUACACGGAAACUCUAGAGAACGAGGCUGACAAUCAGGAAAAUGUUUUAACACAGCUGUUGGGUGAUUAUGACAAAGUCAAAGCCGUUUCCGAAGGCUCUGACUGUCAGUGCAAGUGCGUGGUGAGACCGCUGAGCAGGACUGCCUGCAAAAGGGUUGAAGAAGGCAGUGCGAAGGUGAACGACUUCUACACCGUGGAGACUAUAACAUCUGGACCAGGAUGCAAGUGUGCCUGUAUUGCCCCUCCUUCUGCCCUCAACCCCUGCGAGGGGGAUUUUAGAUUUAAGAAGCUCCAGGAAGCUGAGAAAGAUGGUAUCAAGCUCUCAACAGUUAUUGAAUUGCUUGAAGGGGCCUUCUAUGGUUUGGAUCUCCUGAAAAUGCAUUCAGUUACAACUAAACUUGUACAUCGUAUGGAAACAUUAGAAAAGGUUGCCUUACAAAAUGGAACUGAAAAGAAGGAGCAUUUAAAAGGAAACACCAAAGUGAACCACAUACCCAAGAAAGAAAACAGUUCCACCACCAGCCCAAUAGAAACUAAGAAACAGCUCACAGAUCUGGGUUCUGACUUGCAGAGGGAUGCUGCAGCUGCCUAUAGCGACAAGGAGAAAUAUGAAGCCAGAUUUGUUGGAGAAGCAAUAUUCUCUAAACCAUCAGUAAAGAAAAAUGAAGGCGUGCGCCUUGAACCCACAACUGAACUACUGGAGCGUCUGGAGUCAUCGCAGACAAAGCCCAGAACAAAGCCUGUCUCCCGCCCUGCAAUAAUCCGAGGAGUAACGUACUAUAAAGCUAAUCCCAUAGAUGAGGACAGUGAGACAGAUGAACAGCCAGAAGAUGACUUCCCAAGUGGUGAUGGUGCUAUAGAUCUGUUGAUUGAAGAAGAUCAGCUCAUCAAGCACGUAGGAACAGUGGUCAGGACUGUCGAGGUACCAGAACCUAUGGCCAGGCCCCUAACAACAGUAGCUCCUGAGUUGGACACACAAGACAAUAUGGAGACAACCCAGGCUCUGACUACAACUGCCACUGCUAUGGAAUCUACAGCCACUCCUAGCAUUACCACUGAGCUUCCAUCAACCUAUAUCACAACUACCACAGCAACUACCACAGCCUCUUCAACACCUUCUACAGGAACAACAACCAUUAUGUCUGUACCUCCCACCAGCACCUCCACGCCUGUCCAAGACACCACCUCUGCUGCCACCACAGCCGCCAGUACCAUUCCUGAACCGUCCACCAGUAAAGUAGCCCCUAUCACCACAGCUAGGCCUACCACUGCUAAAACAACAACUUCCAUUGCCUCCAGACUGCUGAACACCACCAGCCCCCCCCAGCUGACCAUAACCAGGCAACGGGUCAACAUUAAUGGGGAUGAAUCUCAGGAGAACAUGGGGGAUGAGGCUCAGCCGAGUCCCGGUGUGUGUAAAGACACCUUGUCCACCAUCUCUGAUCCUGUAAUUCAUAACACAUACGGGCGGAAUGAGGGGGCCUGGAUGAAGGACCCAAAGUCCAAGGAAGACAAGAUCUAUGUGACAAACUAUUACUAUGGAAACACUUUAGUGGAAUUCCGCACCAUGGAGAACUUCAAACAAGGGCGCUGGACCAACUCCUAUAAACUCCCUUACAACUGGAUAGGCACAGGUCACGUUGUAUACGAUGGAGCCUUUUACUACAACAGAGCUUUUUCACGAGACAUAAUCAAGUAUGAUCUGAAGCAGCGGUAUGUGGCUGCCUGGGCGAUGCUCCACGAUGCAGUGUUUGAGGAGACGACUCCCUUGAAGUGGAAAGGCCACUCCGACAUUGACUUUGCAGUGGAUGAGAAUGGAUUGUGGAUCAUUUACCCGGCAAUCGACGACGAAGGGUUUCAGCAGGAGCUGAUUGUACUGAGUAAACUGAACACUGCAGAUUUGACCAUACAGAAGGAAACUACAUGGAGGACUGGCUUGCGGAAGGACUUUUAUGGGAAUUGCUUUAUUGUCUGUGGCGUUCUUUAUGCGGCAGAUAGCUACAGCCAAAUGAAUGCCACUAUUUCUUAUGCUUUUGAUACCCACACCAACACACAGGGAGUACCAAGGCUUCCUUUUGUCAAUAACUUUUCCUAUACCACCCAGAUUGACUACAAUCCAAAGGAAAGAGUCUUGUAUGCAUGGGAUCGCGGGCAUCAGGUCACAUAUGGUGUCGUGUUUGCCUAUUGAGAUAUGCCUGUGAACAGUUACAAAGGCCCAUGGCACUUUUUUUGUAUAAAUAAUAGAAUAAAUAUUUUAAUAUUCUUAAGUGGGCUGUAGAUCAGUCCACCUGGCUUUUUUUUUUUUUUGCAAUUUAGCAAUACAUGCAUAUGCUUUUUAAUACUGGUAUUUAAUAUUCAACACUUCUUUACUGCCUGAAGAGUGUUCUUUUACUGUCAUCACAGAAGCAUGAUACACCUCUGUUUUACUUGCUAUAAAUACAUGACAAAUUUUGAAUGAAAGUACAGAAGAUAUACCUUGGACAUGAUACAAAGUUUGGAAAUCUCUUAAAAGUACAUGAUGUCUAGGACAGUUUAUAUAAAAAUCUCCUACAAGGCUUACAUAUUUGGUUCUAAAGCCUGUACAAAAACAAACACCAUUUGAUACGCUUAAAAAAGGCAAUUCGCGAUGGUUCAUUUUUGUAUUUCAACUUUAUAUGUCAUCACAAAGCACUUAAUGUUUUGCACUGGACAUGAUUAAGCAACAUGCAAUAAAAUAAUUUUAAGAACUA